AUGGAUGAUGAGAUACAAGAGACUGUCGAGUCGAUUCUCGGCAAAGGAGUGAAAGUGGUCGAUUGCGAAAAGAAAUCAUCAAUACGUGAAGAAGAAGUUCUUCUAAUAAACGGUUGUCCUGUCACCUUGGAAGGCGAAGAUGGAGCGGCCAUCAAGCAAGCCAUGCUCACUGGCCAGGUGCCUCCUUGCGAUCUCUUAAACCAAAUACUGGUUCGUGCUGGUAUUCUAAGAGCUCCAGUACGCUUAGAAACUUCCUUAAGCGUCAAAUCUUCUGUGGUAACACGAGAAGAAGUCACAGUAGCUCGCGGUGGUCAAGUUGUCGACGAAAGAUCCAGAGAAACUAAAGAAGAUAAUUAUUACACGAGCUCAUGCAGCGAGGUUUGGGAACCUAUAAAAGUCGUUCCUGCCAAUAAAGUCGAUUACACUAACGGAAAAGACAGCUAUAUCGCAAUUCCUCUCUAUGAUAAAAAUGCCACUCCUCGCAAUACGCCGGCAGACACAUCCAGUUGUAGUGAAACAUCUGGUUCCAGACCGACCAGCAACGCAUCAACAAGUGACUCUGGUUCCUCUAUAGCAGGAAACAACAAUGGAAUCGCUAAUUUGUCCCAAGAUUCGGGACAUGAGUUGUCAUCUAGCACGGUGGCUAGCCACACGGUUCAAGCUUUCCGCAUGGGAAACUCCUUUACGCCUACAUCGAUGUCGUCUAUUGAUUCCACUGAUGAGAAUGACACGCAUUUUGGAUUCAAGAGUCCGUUGACGCCUAUGAGUCCAAAUUAUGAAGUAGACGCUGACGGAUAUAGUGUACCCGUAUUCCCUAGCUUCACCCCGCUGUCGCCAACAAUUUUUGGAACGGUAACCUCUGAUCAGUGUCCAAAGGAUGCUUCGAGUAGACGCAGUUUGCCGCAAACACCCCGAGAUGGUAAAUCAUUUUCAGUGCUAUUUUCGAGUAGCCCAGGCUCCGGAACUGAUAAUCUACCUGGCUAUAAAGGAUCUGAAUCAUAUGCUGAUGAUGGAUUGGAUGUUGACAAUGCUUUGGUAUAUCGGGAUGGUAAUUUGGUGUCUGGUUCCUUGGAGGCCUUAAUUCAACAUACGGUUCCUACAGGGGAAUAUUAUCCCGAUAGAGCCUAUCUUUUUGCCUUUUUGCUGAGUGCACGUCUGUUCAUUAAACCACAUGAACUUUUAGCUAAAGUAUGUGCGUUAUGCGAUGCUCAACAACACUUGGACGACGCAUGCGACAUUCCUGCACACCGGAGGGACACUUUAGGCCGUUUCGUGCCGCAUUUAGUCCAACUUCUUGCAGAAUGGACCGAAACAUUCCCUUACGACUUUCGUGAUGAACGCGUGAUGCAGCACGUUCGCUCCAUGACACAAAAAUGCGUCAAUGUAGAUCCCUGCAUCCGAAAAGAAGUUUCUGCUCUUCUUCAAAAUUUAUUACACAGACUGACCACUUUGGAAAAAUACGAAGACUUUUUGAAACGAUUAUCAGAUGCCACUAAUACGGGUAGUAUGGAAAGUACGGACAUCACCGAACUUUGCCCGAGUCCUGGUACACUGGCCCAACAAUUGACGCAUAUCGAGCUGGAACGACUUUCGUAUAUCGGUCCUGAAGAAUUUGUUCAAGCAUUUGCUAAAGAAACCCCGCAUCUUGAAACAUCAUUCAAGGAUAUGAAGAAGACGAGAAAUUUGGAAUCGUAUGUUCAGUGGUUUAAUAGGUUGAGCCACUUCGUUGCCACAGAAGUUUGCAAACAUGCCAAGAAGAAACAAAGAGUGCGCGUCGUAGAAUAUUGGAUUGAAACGGCUCGUGAAAGUUUCAAUAUUGGAAACUUCAACAGUCUGAUGGCAAUAAUCGCUGGAUUAAACAUGUCUCCAAUAUCGCGACUGAAGAAAACAUGGAGCAAGAUUCAGCCAGCAAAGUUUUCUAUCUUAGAACAUCAAAUGGAUCCAAGUAGCAACUUUAGCAGUUACCGCAGCACACUGAAAGCAGCAAUGUGGAGGUCGGCGGGCGCGACUGACGAACGGCAAAGAAUAGUUAUACCAUUCUUCAGCUUGCUUGUGAAGGAUCUCUACUUUUUAAACGAAGGCUGUUCUAAUAAAUUGCCCAAUGGUCACAUAAAUUUUGAAAAAUUCUGGCAGCUAGCAAAGCAGGUUACAGAAUUUAUUACAUGGAAACAAGUCACAUGUCCUUUCGAGAAAAAUGCCAAAGUUCUGACAUUUUUACAAUCAAAUCCUGUGCUCUCAGAAAACGCUCUAGCACUGGCAUCUUUCGAAUGUGAACCACCAGAGAACAAUCACGAAAAAGACAGGUAUAAAGCGUUGAAGUCUGAACUCACGCAGCAAAUGUUGUAUUUAAUGCAAAGACAAAGAUUUGAUUUGUGUAAUUUUGUAUAUAAACCAUGUGAAUAG